AUUUAUAUUUUAAUGUAUAUUAUUAUUUCAUUUCACAUACAAUAUACAAUAUAUAAACUAUAAAUAUUUUUAUUAAAACAUAUAAAGUUAUUUUCAAAUAUAUGUUAAAUAAUUUGAAUUAUAAGAAUACAACAGAUAAAUUUCAAUAUAAUAUUUUCUUCAAAAAUAAACAUAGAAGUGGAAUUAUUUGGCAUAUAAAAACAUAGAAGUGGAAAUUAUUUCAAUUUAAUAGAUUGAUAUGUUUCCAAGUUUUUUUUUGUUGUGUUUCGAAAAAAAAACUUAGAAACAUAUCAAUCUAUCUUAUUAAAACAAAAAUAUUUUUUUCGGAAUGAUAUAUUUAUUAAUAUACAUAAACAUAAUGGUUGGUUUAAUUAUAAAUGAAUACAUCAAAAAUGAUUAAUAUAGUUAAAACUAUUAAUUUACGAAUAUAUUAUAUAAUAUUAUUUUGAUUGGUUUUAUAUCUCACUGCAAUAUGAGCAAUCAACAAACUACAGAAAAUUAAAAAUUAUUGAUCUAUCAUAAAUGAUAUAUUAUAAAUCGAACAAACACUCAUACGAACAUAUGUCUGUGCAACCAUUACAUUCGUCUGUUGUGAAUAAUUUCAUAUGUUUAUCUUAUUAAAAACAAAUUGAAAUCUAGUAUUAAUUAAAGUUAAAACAUCAAUCUUUUAUAUACAACUAAAAAAAAUCAAUGAAUAACAACUUUCCAAAAAGAAUAAAAAAGUCGAAACAUGUAGGGUAUGAAUGGUGACCAGGGAACGGCGAGGAAUAAUGCAUUCCCUAACGUUCCUGAAAAAAAUCACCAUUCACAAGGAAUAAUAAUUCCCUCUCAUUCUCUUUCAUUCCUUUUUUUGUAGAGAAUUAAAGAACAAAAGUAUUCCUUGUUAAAAGUGAUAAGGAACGACCAUUCCUUUUCAUUCCUGCUAUUUUAUUCCCGAACAUUCCUUUUUAAUUCGUUCCUCUUGUUUCCCGAAUGGUCACCAGUCGAACCCGUAAACUUGAAACCAAAAGAAAAGAAAAACAAAACCAAAAAUCCUAACUAAAAUGAAAAUAUUAAUUGACCAAAGACGAAAACCAAAAAUUGAGCUAAAAUCUAAGACAAAUCCAGGAAGAAUUCUAAGUUUAACAGAAAAUUACCAAUAGAUAGAAAAUAGUUUUUCUCUUCCUAAAAACACAAGUGAGAAAAGGAGAAAAACUCAGAUAUGAAACACAGAUUACAAGUAAUUUGGAUAAGUAAAGUUAUAUGAAAUAUUUACUAAAUUGACGAAGCUUUAUAACAAAUCAGAUAAUUCGAAUAUUUUUAUGAAACACUAAAAAUAUUCUUUUUCGUUUUAAAUAUUUUUGGAUAAUUGAUAAUAGUUCAAAUUACAUGAACAAGUGAUUCGGAUCUCUCUUCCCUAUCCAACUCGUUUACAUAUCAUUUCCGUAUCAAUUGGAAAAAAUCAAAUUAUCUCAAACGGAUACUUUUUUUUUGCUUAAAUCUCAAACGGAUACUUAUUUUCAACAUGUAUUUGUAAGUUGAGUCAAAUUUUCAAAAAGCUUCCUUUAUAUAUGUUUUACUGAAAUUAUUAACUAAAUGUUGAAGACCAAAACUAGUAUUAACUAUAUGUAGAAAGACCAACGACUUUUCUGUCUUCAAAAGUAAUAAACAAAAUCAAGUACAAAGUAGAGAAGAGCAUGGGAGCACGUUCGUUCGUUAACAUAUCAACAAACAAAAAUGGAGAGCACAUCAUCUCCAUCCCUUAAAGCCACCGCCUUCACUUUUGUUUACAUUUUACGUUUUCUUCUCCACGUUUCCGUUUUAAAACCUCCUAGCCAAAGCAGAGAGACAAGGGUUUCACAAUAUGGCCAACUCCAAAAGAUUGUUUGGAGUCGUAAGGAGGAAACUUCUCAGUCGAUCUCCCAGCAGUAUCACCACCAUUCGCUCGUCUAUCCCAGAAACUACUAAAGAACACAUUGCCGCCAUUAAAAUCCAAGCUUAUUUCAGAGGUCACCUGGCAAGGAGAGCGUUUAGAGCGUUGAGGAGUCUUGUGAAGCUUCAGGCGGUGGCGAGAGGAGUGCUUGUGAGGAGACAAGCUCGAAUAGCAUUACAUUGUAUGCAUGCUCUUGCUCGCUUGCAGGUUAGGGUUCGUGCUCGUCAGAUUCUCUCCCAUUAAAAUCGCAUGAUAUCCUCUCCUAAAUUUGCCCUUGUUUCUUCUACCUCUCUUUGUGAUUGUGACAUCUACAUAUAACAUACCAUUGUCCUUUCAAAUUAUUGUGAUUUUUGUAUAUUUAACUAAUUAACCCUAACACUCUUUAGUUUGUACUGAUAAACAAGAUCAGUCGAGCUGAAAUUUCUGUCUUAAUUUUUGUUUAAUGAAAAGUAGUAGACGAUAUACAUUCUAAAAGGAUCCAUAGAUUAUUAUGAAGCAAAGCAGUAGAAGAUAUUUAUUAUACUUGGGAAAGAAGCUGAUGGGGUACCUUGGAUAGCAAGAAAGGGUUAGACCUCCAUUGAGACAUACCAUUUUGACUAGUAAAUUGACUUGUUUUUCUGAGAAUCUGGAAAUUAUAAGCAAGUAAAACCAUAAAGAAAGGAUAUAUGAAUCUCCAUUUUCAACACAUACAUAAGCAAAAAGUCAAUAUAUUGCUAUAGGUAGAUCUACAAGAAACAAAGAGAGACGAGAGAGCACUGAGAUAUUGACGCGGCUCAAUCAGAUAACUAAGAGAGUUGUCCGUGGUGUGGUUCGAGAAGAUCUGAGUGAACCAGGCCAAUAUCAAAGAGGACUCUCUAGUGGUGCAGAUUCAAAGGAAGACAU